GCAGCAGACAGAAAUUUAAUUCAGAUGCUUGUUGCUCGUUGAAUGCUCUCAAGUUUUACUCAGUAUUUUGAUUUUGAAGCAUUUUAUUCAUUUCACUUCUCUUAAUUCUCAGACAAAGUAUCAUAACAAUAUUCUCUGUGAGGUUGAGUUUAUUAUUAGACAUAGAUUACAUAACAAAGAUUAUCAGUUGGAAGGAGAUCUUCAUUUUACAUUCUUCUCAAUCGGCUUGCGUCCUCAAUUCCUAGAGAUUGGCUCAAUUAUUAGCAAUGAUGCGAUGUCGAUAGAUUGAUUGAAAAAUUGAUUGAUUGAAUCAUGAACAAGGCCAAACAAAUUGAAGUGACAGUGAAAAAGCUGAAACAGAUGCUAAUUGUGUGCACUGGUGGAUUCACUGCAUUCUCAGCCGUCAGUAUUUACAAAGGAAAUGAGAAAUAUUACGAGAAUGUUCUGCUGCCGUUAGUACAUAAAUUAGACCCAGAACUUUCUCAUAAGUUGGCAGUAUUUGUUUCAAAAUACCAACUGUUGCCACAAAGUAAAUACAAGGAUCCAGCCGAGUUGUUAAGCCGGGUUUGGCACUUGUCGUUUAGUAAUCCGGUUGGUGUUGCAGCAGGCUUCGAUAAGCACGCCGAGGCAGUAGUCGGACUAGCGCAGGUCGGAUUCGGAUUUGUCGAGAUCGGAUCCGUCACACCUCUGUCGCAGCCCGGUAAUCCGAAGCCGCGCGUCUUUCGACUCUCCGACAACCAUGCUAUUAUUAAUAGGUACGGCUUCAAUAGUGAAGGCUUCGAUGUAGUUUACGAUAGAUUACAAACGUUGCGGUCGAAUAAUUACAAAGGAAUUAUCGGUGUCAAUUUGGGGAAAAAUAAGACUUCUCCUGCGCCGAUUGAGGACUACGUCAAAGGAGUGCAGAAGUUUGGACAUUUAGCUGACUAUCUUGUCAUCAAUAUUUCAAGCCCCAACACCCCCGGCCUAAGAGACUGGCAAGAAAAGGAACAGCUGAGAGCGCUUUUGUCAGAACUAGUGAAAGCCAGAGACAGUUUGGGAAUCGAACCCCGACCGCUGCUCCUAUUAAAACUGGCGCCAGAUCUGUCUUCGCAAGAAGUCACAGAUAUUGUUCAAGUGCUCCAAGACAAAAAGUGUCGUGUUGAUGGCCUGGUGAUAAGCAAUACAACGAUUGCGAGAGAUGACAGCCUGAUAGGUCCCCAUGUCCAUGAAGUGGGCGGUCUUAGCGGUCGACCAUUGACGCAGCGAUCAACUGAAAUGAUUUCGCAAGUUUAUAAACUCACCAAAGGGCAAAUACCAAUAAUUGGCGUAGGAGGAGUAUUCACAGGCCAAGACGCCUAUGAUAAGAUAAAAGCUGGUGCCAGCCUAAUACAGUUGUAUACCUCUUUCGUUUACCAUGGUCCACCCCGUAUAGAGAGGAUUAAGAAGGAGCUGCAUGAAUUACUACAGUCUGAUGGUUACCGAUCUAUACAGGAAGCAGUUGGGAAAGGAAUUUCGUGAUGAAUAUUUUUGAAAGAAAUGAAUAUUUGCUUCAAAUCUCGGUCAGCUGGUUCUUUUCCCUUUUAAUUUUAAAGAGUGUUCAGUGUCCAUACUAGAAAAUAAGUAUUAGUACAUUAAUGUUGAUUGUAAAAUAAAAAUAGAAAUUUAUUUUA